GCAAAAGUCGCAAGAAAGUUAAGAACAAUGGCGAAGAUUUUGUAUAUACUUACCCUGGUGAUUUUGUGCUCUGUGAUCAGAGCUGAAGCCCGGAAAUGUUACGUAUGCCGUAACUGCCGUGAAGUUAAUUCAAACCAACAACAAACAUGUCCCAGCAAGAAGCCCACAACCGCUGCACCGACAUCGACAGUCACAAUACCAGUCUCAAACCAAACAUCACCAAGUAUUUCGACUCCAGACACUAAAACCACUACUACGGCACCAACCAAUACUCCAACGGGAGGCAGCAACACUCCCACAGCUACAUCAACUGCAAGCAGCGACACUCCCACAGCUACAUCAACUGCAAGCAGCGACACUCCCACAGCUACAUCAACUGCAAGCAGCGACACUCCCACAGCUACAUCAACUGCAAGCAGCGACACUCCCACAGCUACAUCAACUGCAAGCAGCGACACUCCCACAGCUACAUCUACUGCAAGCAGCGACACUCCCACAGUUACAUCAACUGCAAGCAGCGACACUCCCACAGUGACAUCUACUGCAAGCAGCGACACUCCCACAGUUACAUCUACUGCAAGCAGCGACACUCCCACAGUUACACCAACUGCAAGCAGCGACACUCCCACAGUGACAUCAACUGCAAGCAGCGGCACUCCCACAGUGACAUCUACUGCAAGCAGCGGCACUCCCACAGUGACAUCUACUGCAAGCAGCGACACUCCCACAGUUACAUCUACUGCAAGCAGCGACACUCCCACAGUUACAUCUACUGCAAGCAGCGACACUCCCACAGUUACAUCAACUGCAAGCAGCGACACUCCCACAGUGACAUCUACUGCAAGCAGCGGCACUCCCACAGUGACAUCUACUGCAAGCAGCGACACUCCCACAGUGACAUCUACUGCAAGCAGCGACACUCCCACAGUUACAUCUACUGCAAGCAGCGACACUCCCACAGUUACAUCAACUGCAAGCAGCGACACUCCCACAGUGACAUCUACUGCAAGCAGCGGCACUCCCACAGUGACAUCUACUGCAAGCAGCGGCACUCCCACAGUGACAUCUACUGCAAGCAGCGACACUCCCACAGUUACAUCUACUGCAAGCAGCGACACUCCCACAGUUACAUCAACUGCAAGCAGCGACACUCCCACAGUGACAUCUACUGCAAGCAGCGGCACUCCCACAGUGACAUCUACUGCAAGCAGCGGCACUCCCACAGUGACAUCUACUGCAAGCAGCGACACUCCCACAGUUACAUCAACUGCAAGCAGCGACACUCCCACAGCUACAUCAACUGCAAGCAGCGACACUGUUACUACCAACGAACAAAAGGUCAUAUUACGAGGACGACGAUCAUUACUCUCUAUUAUGCAAGUUAGAGACAACGAUGAAUCCGAGUCAGAAGCUCAGUGCAUAGUUGCAACUUAUCUAGAGAAUGGUGUGGAGACGAUCUCUCGUGGCUGCUAUUAUCCAUCAGAGGACGAAAAAUCUGAAACCUCAAUAGAACAAUGUCGCGAUGUAGCUGGAGCCGCAACAAAUAUUACGAAGUGUAAAGUUUGCAAAGCAGAUCUUUGCAAUGCUUCUACAAAACCUGCGAUCGGGUUUACAUUUAUGACUGCUUGUUUCAUAUCAACAUUAUAUUUCUAUUUUAGACAUUAAUAAAUUAUUUAUAAUUACAUAUUCCAUUAUCAUUCCUCUGUGGUCAGUAGAACACUCUUGAUGCUUCUAAUAUUACAGCUGUUCAUAGGCUACCUUCUCUGGUGCUAUUGAUGUAAUGUGGACCAUUACAUUUAUAGUCAGGUGAUCCAUCCCAUGAUUAUUCCCAUAGAAAUGGUUUUCUUCUUAGGUAACGUCUAGUUUACGUUUCAAUAUAAGAAGAAAAUUUUAUAUUGUUAACAAAUAAGAUGAGAUAGAUAGAAUAAGUAUUCUACAUAAGCCAAUUUAUACGUAAAAGAUAUUUAAUUCCUUUUAAGAUAAAGGUUCACGUCAGUUUUCCGUGAGGCCGUGGUAUCACUCCUGUCGAGCCGGUCCAUUAGUGCCGAAGCAUGCCUCCUCCACACUUGAAUCUUGUCCUGAGCUGUUGAUAAUGAAAA